AAAUCAGACCGCUCUGCUCUUAUUUAUUAUAGAAAAACCGCUUUGUUUUGGGUCUCUCCCCUAAAUCGAAAACCCAAACUUUCCUCCUCCCUGGCGGCUAGAUACCUCACAGACAGCUCUCUCUCUCCAAGCCAAAUGUUACUUCUCUUUCUUAGCUAGUUUACUUUCCAGUCUUCAGAGAGUUACUGCUUUAUUUACAAAUCCCUCUCUUACAUAUAUAUAGGUUAAGUAUAUAACAAGGCUUGUACAUAGAUACAAGAAACCAGGUUUAUCGAGAUACUUGAUAAUUGGCCAUGGCGUCCGUCCCUUCAGCGUCAGAUAGUAUCCUCUCUUCAUCUACUUCUCUGGAAGUAGCAGACGUGCUGCAUAAAUUGUCCUUGGAUAGGCAGAACAAAUCGCUUCAAGUUCCUGACUCUAGAAAGAAGACGACUGCUGUUCAGUAUUCACCUGUUGAAUCUGGGACUUCAGCAAUUGGGUUGAACAGGCCAUAUGAGAGAUCUACAACUUCUUUUCAUCAGGAUUUCAUGGAUCCAAGCAUGAUCUACAACCCCAGUGGUUAUCCUUCAUCUACAUACUAUUAUGGAGCUUAUGAUGGAUCCGUGAAUGACUGGGAUAGAUUUUCAACUCCGGAUGGAGCCGAACAGGUUUCAGGUGUUUAUGGGGAGUAUCAUGGUUAUACUUAUGCACCAUAUGGUGCAUAUUCCCCUACAGCUUCAUCCAUGGGGCAUGAUGGUCAGCUAUAUGGGCCACAGCAGUACCAGUAUCCGACCUCUUAUUUCCAACCUUCUACUCAGACCAGUGGAUCUUACGCGCCCAAUCAGAUCAAUGCUUCCGUACCCAGUGUCGCUGAGGUGCAAUCGCAAGCAGAAACAGCUAAUGGAAAUAUGCCUUCCGUAGGAAAUUUUACUGCCUAUAGAAGCAACUUGUCAAAGCCUUUAAGACCAUAUGACCAGAACUCAACUAUGAAUUGCAAUGAUUCCUAUGGAUGGGGAGGAUUGCCAUCAGCAAGUUCUGGGAUCUCCUCAGCAGUUUCACAUGGCUACAAUUUUUCUACUGGAAGGAAUCACAACCAGCUGGGCCUGCAACCCCCUGGAGGAACAUCUGGAUUGGGCGCAACUGGAUUUCCGAAUCAAGUGUAUGCUAAUCACAAGAUUUAUGGUCAGUAUGCAAGUAGUGGCGGCAGAUUUGCACCCAACCGUUAUUAUCCUAGGACCAACAGCCAUGGGUGGUUAGCUGUUGAUAACAAGUACAGUUCCAAGGGUCGUGGUAGUAGUUUAUACGGAAACAGUAAUGAAAGCAUGGAUGGUUUUAAUGAAUUGAAUAGAGGACCUCGAGCAAAGGGCUUGAAUGAUCUGAAAGAUGCUGAACCUAUCACAUUGCCAGUGAAGGGACUGAGCCUUCCCUUGAAGGGUAACGACAAGAACAAUUUGCCUCUUUCUCCAGACAGACAACAGUACAACAAAGAGGAUUUCCCUGAAAAAUAUGCAGAUGCUAAGUUUUUCAUCAUCAAAUCUUACAGUGAGGAUGAUGUGCAUAAAAGUAUUAAAUAUGGUGUCUGGGCGAGCACGCCCAAUGGUAACAAAAAACUAGAUGCUGCAUACAAGGAAUCUCAAGAGAAAUCUGCUGGAUGCCCUUUGUUUCUGUUAUACUCUGUCAAUGCCAGUGGACAGUUUGUUGGUCUUGCAGAAAUGGUUGGUCCAGUUGAUUUUGACAAUAGUCUGGAGUAUUGGCAACAGGAUAAGUGGAGUGGUUGCUUCCCAGUGAAGUGGCAUAUUGUCAAAGAUGUGCCUAAUAGUUUGCUUAGGCACAUCACACUUGAAAACAACGAGAAUAAACCUGUGACAAACAGCAGGGAUAUUCAGGAGGUUGGAAUUGAUCAGGGUAUUCAAAUAAUUAAGAUUUUUAAAGGCCAUUCUAGUAAGACAUGCAUUCUGGAUGAUUUUGAAUUCUAUGAAGGGCGUCAAAAGACUAUGGUAGAGAAGAAAGCUAAGCAACGGAAGUUGAAGGUUGCGAAUGUGGAGAUACGUGAGUCUCCCUCAACUGAAGAUGUUGAUAAAAAUGGGCAUGUGGGAAAACUGAGGGAAAACAAGAUUGUCCCUGCCACCUUGAAUUCCGAAGCUGCAGCAUGUGAAAUUAUCACGAUUAAUGGAGAGCACAAGGUUUUGUAAGAGAAUGAAUCAGUUGCAACAGCUGAAGAUUCUUCCGUGUUCAAAGCCAGUGGUGAAAGAAAAUGAUAAUUUCAGAUGGUUGCUAAUGCACUCAGAUUAGGAUGCUCUUAUAGAUAAUGAAGUUACUGAAUUUAAACAAUGCUUUUUCUUUGAUAAAAUUAGUGUAAACAAGCUACUGUUAUUCUAAUGUUUCUGCAGCCUAUCUCUUGAGAUGGGCAAUAAUGGUUGAUUUGUGGCAGUGCACAUAUUCCCACAUGGAUAAAGGACCUUACAAUGGCAUUACAUGCGGUAUUUCUGCUGAAAGUAAAAAUAUCUGCCUUCUGUUGCCUGACACUA